AUGGGCCGUUUGCCCUCAAAAGGUAAGGGUAUUUCCAGUUCAUCUCUUCCUUACAAGAGAACAACUCCAUCAUGGCUCAAGAUCUCUUCCCAGGAUGUUAAGAGUGUAACCGGAAGCAAGAUUCUUUGCAUAUUGAAGGCUCAUGGUCUUGCUCCUGAAAUUCUUGAAGAUCUGUACCACUUGAUCAAGAAAGCUGUCUCCAUCAGGAAGCAUUUAGAGAGGAAUAGGAAGGAUAAGGAUUCUAAGUUCAGGCUUAUUUUGGUUGAGAGCAGGAUCCAUAGUCUUGCUCGUUACUACAAGAAGACAAAGAAAUAUGAAUCAACAGCUGCCAGUACUCUUGUUGUUUAA